AUGCUAUCAAAAUCAACUAUUAGCAUCAAAAGGUCUGUAAGCUCGAUUAUUAAUGGCAACUGGAAUCUAACAUCUGAGCAGUUAGCUAUUCAAGAGACAGCUUUAAGAUUCAGCAAAAGUGAAAUCGCUCCGUAUGCUAAUGAGUGGGAUGAAAAAGGCUAUUUUCCUAGAGAUGUGAUUAAAAAAUCAGCAGACCUUGGGUUUGGAGGCUUAUAUUGUAGACAUGAAUUUGGAGGGAUCGGCUGCAAUCGUUUAGAAGCCUCACUAGUUUUUGAAGCUCUUGCAACUGGGUGUGUAGGCACUACAGCUUAUAUGACAGUCCAUAAUAUGUGUGCAUGGGUUAUUGAUCAUUUCGGAAGUGUGGCCCAAAAGAAAAAGUGACUUCCUGAGCUAUUUCAGUUCGAAAAAUUCGCAAGUUAUUGCUUAACAGAACCGCAAAGUGGCUCAGAUGCUGCCUCUUUGCAAACAGUGGCGAAAGUGGAGGGGGAUUAUUUUAUUCUAAAUGGAAGCAAGAUGUUCAUUACAGGAGGUGAUGCAAGCGAUCUAUAUUUGGUUAUGUGUAGAACAGGACCUAAAGAAAUAUCAUGUAUUGCAGUUGAGUCACCAACUCAAGGACUUAGUUUUGGUAGACGAGAAUUAAAAUUAGGGUGAAAUUCCCAUCCUACACAGCUUGUAUCUUUUGACAACGUCAAAGUGCCGAAAGAAAACCUAAUUGGAGGGAUGGGAACGGGCUUUAAAAUCGCUAUGCAAGCUUUAGAUGGUGGAAGAAUCAAUAUUUCAAGCUGCGCCUUAGGAGGAGCUUGGUUUGCGUUAGCAAAAGCUCAAGAAUACAUGCAAGAGAGAAUGCAGUUUGGAAAGAAAUUAGUUGAUCAUCAGUACCUAAGAUUCAAGAUGGCUGAAGCAUUAACAAAGUUAACAGGGUCAAGAAUCAUGGUAAGACACGCAGCUGAGUUGCUUGAUAAUCACAAUCCUGCAAGAAUCACAAUGGGGCCGAUGGCUAAAUUGUUUUCGACUGACAAUUGUUUUGAUGUCGCCAAUAUGGCAUUGCAGAUGCAUGGAGGAUAUGGAGUUAUGAGAAGCUAUGGAGUAGAAAGAGCUUUUAGGGACUUAAGAAUUUUACAAAUAGUUGAAGGGACAAACGAAAUUAUGAGGCUAGUUAUUGCAAGGGAGAUGUUUAAAGACCAAGAUAAUCAAAGCUAA